AUGCCCAUAAGCUUCGUAUCAACAAGUGACGAUACAUCGAACAAAAAUUUAAAUCAUGUGGAUCCUUCAUUUAUAUACACAGAAAUUCUCAAACAAGUUCUAUUCACUAUUCAAUUCGAUCAAAAGCAUUUCAAAGAUUUUAUUGCAUAUUGUCGUCUUCAAUUUGCUGAAAACAAUCAUGAAUUAAUCAGUAUUAAUGAGCUAGAACGAAGUUAUUACGAAAAAACACCUAUCUGGUGGUAUAUGCAACAAUGCUUCGUGUAUCCCAUGCUCAAUUUUGGAUUACGAACAAUGAACGCUGACAUCAUUCACAAGAUGAGUUUCCUCGUCAAUGACCUUCAUCGUCAGAUUGAAAAGUUGCAUUCGGAACAGUUUAGUGAUCAUCCAGUUGACAAUAUCUUUACAGUGUAUUAUGGACAAGGUCUAUCUACCGCCAAUUUUGAGCAGUUGAAGAAAACCAAAGGUGGUCUGAUGUCGUUCAACAAUUUCUUAUUAACUAGCAAGAAACGUGAUGUUUCAAUGGAAUUCACUCACAACGCCCUCUCGAAUUCGAAUUUGGUGGAUAUUCUUUUCGUCAUGACCAUCGAUCCCAGCCAAUCUAAGACACCAUUCGCCUGUAUUGAAAAUUUUAGGUAUUCUCAAGAAGCAGAAGGUGACGUACUCUUUUCCUUGCACUCAGUAUUUCGUAUUGGUGAUAUACAACGAAUGAGUAAUAAUACUCAACUAUUUCAGGUAAACUUGACUUUGAUCGGUAUCAACGACGACGAUCUUCGCCAACUCACGGAUCGGAUUCACCAAGAGAUUUUUCCCGAAGAAGAAGGAUGGUUUGGAUUGGGUCGACUACUACUAAAGAUAGGUGAACCUAAGAAAGCCGAAGGAGUAUUCAAUAUCCUACUUGAUUAUUCCGACAAAGUGGAGGAAAACGGAACUCUUUAUCAUUAUAUUGGAUCAGCCAAAAAUGAUCAAGGAAAAUAUCAAGAGGCCAUUCAGUUCUAUGAGAAAUCACUUGAAAUACAUGCAAAGACACUACCAUCCAAUCAUCUUAGUUUGGCAACGUCUCAUGAUGCUAUUGGUGAUGUAUAUAAAAAUAUGAGUGACUAUUCCAAUGCACUUGUACAUUACGAAAAAGCCCUUAAAAUUAAACAACAAUCACUUCCACCCACCCAUUUGUCUAUGGCUUUAUCAUACAAUAAUAUAGGAUCAAUGUAUGAAAACAUGGGUGACAAUCUCGAAGCACGUUUGUACUGCGAAAAAGCUCUAGAAAUUAAUGAAAAAAUACUUGCAUCCGAUCAUCCUGAUUUGGCUGCAUCUUACAAGAACAUCGGUAAUACUUUAUGUAAUAAUUCAGAGGACUAUGAGAAAGCACUUUGGUAUUUCGAAAAAGCUCUCGUAAUCGAACAACAAGCACAUCCACCCGAUCAUUUAUCUUUGGCUUCAUCGUAUAUCAGUAUCGGUUUAGUGUAUGAAAGCAUAGGUGACUAUUCUAAAGCUCUUCCGUAUUACGACAAAUUUCUUGAAAUCAAGGAACAAUCACUUGCAGCCGAUCAUUCUGAUUGGCCUACAUUGUACAAUGAUAUCGGUUCGGCAUAUGAGAGAAUAGGCUACUAUACCAAUGCACUUUCCUGCCAUGAAAAAGCUCUUGCAAUUCAACAACGAACACUUUCGCACAAGAAUCCUACUUUAAUUACAUCCUACAACAAUAUCGGAUUGGUAUAUGAGAAAAUGGGUGAUUAUCACAAAGCGAGGACAAAUUACGAACGAGCGGUAACUAUUGCAGAACAUUCAUUAUCAUCAACACACCCUCGUCUUCAAAAAUGGAAAGAGAACAUUGAUCGCAUGAACAAGAAAUUGUAA